AAACGACACCGACCCCGUUACAGUGCUCCCUAAAAGCCGUAACUCAUCACCGCCUUGACCUAAAGAAACAUGCAGCGCUGGAGUCACUCUUUCAUAUAGUAAACAGGUCUUUUCUAUCUCGCUUCCUCCUUUAUCGUCCUCCGCACAAUGGUAGGUCGUCAAGGAUCCUCUGUUGCGGUACCCCGGUUGGGCGGUAAAGCUGCAGUAGCAUUAUUUGCUGUCGUUCUUUUCGCCUUUGUCAUAGAGACACAGCUAACCCAGUAUGUGCAAUCUACCUUGGGGUUUAGACAACCUUAUUUCAUCUUCUACAUCGUCCAUUCAGCAUUCUUGCUGUCCUUUCCUAUCCAUUAUCUAUAUCUACUAUCCGCCACCAAAUAUACCCACCGCGCACUCGUAUCCGGUCUCUCCACCGCAAUUAGUCGUCAGCUAUCUAACAAGUUGGAUGUCCCACAUACGCAUCAACCGUCGAUAUUUCCGACCUUAAGAUUUGUAGUGCUCGCCAUAAUCUUGACAGCAGGAUAUAGCGUUCCAGGACUUCUCUGGUUCGCCGCUAUCUCGCUCGCUCCUGUGACUGAUGUUACUGCAAUCUGGAAUGCAAAUGCCUUUUUUGCAUAUCUCCUUUCCGUCAAACUCCUUAAUCUUAAGUGGGAUGUGCGUCGUUUAGGCGCCGUCUUCCUUGCUACUUUAGGUGUUUUGGCUGUCGUAUACGGCGGAAGCACAUCUUCGACGCAUGAUUCUGUCGCUGAGGAAGCAUCUGUCCAAUCACCUUCUCAGCAACCGUCGUCUCCAUUCAUCGGAGAUAUGCUGACACUCGUGGCAUCAUUUGCUUACGGACUCUACCAAGUAUUGUACAAGAAAUUCGCCGCUCUUCCUUCCGAUCCAGAACUAGCAUCGGACACGUCGUUCUACGAGUACCUCUCAGAUUCCGAAUCGAGUCUUGUAGAAGAAGGUGAUGAGCCCGUUAUAUCAGCCGAUGACGAGAUCGCGUAUCCCCCUCCUUUUGGGCUUCAUCCAAACCUGCUCACAGGGACGAUCGGUCUAUUCACGCUUCUCACUCUAUGGAUACCGAUUCCACUCCUUCAUUAUUAUGAUAUCGAAAAGUUCGCCCUCCCUGCCAAUCUUCGUACCACCGGGGUCAUCGCGGGGAUCGCCUCCAGUGGUGUUGUAUUCAACUCAGGAUUUAUGAUCUUGUUAGGCGUUUGGGGACCGAUAGUGACCUCUGUCGGAAACCUAUUAACUAUAGUGCUCAUCCUUCUAUCAGAUGUAAUCUUCGGCUUUGCUGCUAUAACGCCGUGGAGUUUGGCUGGCGCUGGUACGAUAGUUGCGGCUUUUGCAGUGUUGGUAUAUACGAUGUAUGAGAGAUAAUAGCUAUGUCACACAGUUGCAAUGUCCCUUUUGAUCCUAUAUCAUCACUGAAGAUACAUACAAAUGCAAGAAUCUACUGUACAAAUGAUAUUGAUCUGCUCUCUUCAACUGUGUUCUACUCUUCCCUAUGUACACAGAACUGGACAAUGUACAGAGGGCUGUUACUAGAACAUCGUGACGCGUGUGGCACUCUCCGAUUGCAGGCUAAUAAGCUGGUGUGAUACGCAGCGUCAGCAAUCAUCAUGGACAAAGCGGAUAGAUGUGAGUUUUGUUGCGUCAGUCGCAGAGUCAGGAUUGCGAGCGUCCC